CAGCGCUCGACACAUUGUGCAGAGGCAGCCACAGAAAGGACAGACGGACAGACCGGACCCUCACUACGUGCUUUGGGAAGGAGGAGGAAGCAGGACGGACCCCUGAGAAGGGGAGCAUGACUCUCUCUGCAUCGGGCUCUUGAUGCUAAACGGUGCUGGGAGAGAUACCACAUAGCCAACACGAGCACACACAAAUAUCCACAAGAAGGCCUUCAAAUGGAGACAAUGAGAGAUUUGAUCCUGACUGUGAUCAUCCUGCUGCCUCUGGUGUCUUUUGUUCAAGUGGCGUCAGAGUCAGAGCACUGCAUUAUCCAGCGAGAACAUGACAAAUGUAUGGAGAGGAUGGACAUGCAUGACCCCAGUGAGGACUUGGACAUGGCUUGCCCAUGGAUGUGGGACAACCUAACCUGCUGGCAGGCGGCCGCCGUGGGUGAAGUGGUAGUGGUCAACUGCCCGGAGUUUUUCCACGACCUUAUGGGCCCUGAAGAUGAGAUGGGACGGGUAAGCCGGAACUGCACGGAAGAUGGCUGGUCGGAACCAUACCCUCACUACUUGGACGUGUGUCUCUUUUACGACAACGCCACUAAACCGGACAUGUAUUAUGCUUCAGUCAAGGCCCUGUAUACAGUUGGCUAUAGCACCUCCCUGGUGUCUCUCACCACUGCCAUGGUUAUCCUCUGCAGGUUCAGGAAGCUUCACUGCACAAGGAACUUCAUCCACAUGAACCUGUUCGUAUCCUUCAUGCUCAGAGCCAUCUCGGUGUUCAUCAAGGAUGGCGUUCUGUACGCGCAGGAGGACAGCGAUCAUUGCUUUGUGCACACGGUGGCAUGCAAAGCAGUGAUGGUUUUCUUCCAUUACUGCGUCAUGUCCAACUACUUCUGGCUCUUCAUCGAAGGCCUCUACCUUUUCACUUUGUUGGUGGAGACAUUCUUUCCUGAAAGGCGAUAUUUCUACUGGUACACCAUUGUUGGAUGGGGAACGCCCACAAUUUGUGUGACUGUCUGGGCCGUACUGAGACUCCAUUUUCACGACACUGGAUGCUGGGACACAAAUGAGCACACUGCUCUCUGGUGGGUGAUCAAAGGACCUGUUGUGGCCUCCAUCAUGAUCAAUUUCGUUCUCUUUGUGGGAAUCAUCAUCAUCUUGGUGCAGAAGUUGCAGUCCCCUGACAUUGGCGGCAACGAAUCCAGUAUUUACCUCAGCUGUGCUCAGAAAUGCUUCAGUGAGCCCUCACAGGCUGUUCAGCAUUCGUGCAGGAUGUCAGAGUUGUCCACCAUCACACUACGUCUGGCGCGUUCCACCCUCCUGCUCAUCCCGCUGUUUGGAAUUCACUACACCGUCUUUGCCUUCUCCCCGGAGGAUGUUAGCAAGAGGGAGCGGCUGGUCUUUGAGCUGGGCCUCGGAUCUUUUCAAGGUUUUGUGGUGGCUGUACUCUACUGCUUCCUCAACGGAGAGUUUCUCCCUGAAGGUGCAGUCGGAGAUCAAGCGGAAAUGGCGCAGCUGGAGGGUGAACCGAUACUUUGCUGUGGACCUGAAGCAGCAGAGGCACCCGUCGCUGGCGAGCAGCGGUGUGAACGGGGGGACGCAGCUGUCCAUCCUGAGCAAGAGCAGCUCCCAGAUCCGCAUGUCCAGCCCGCUGGCGGAGAGCGCCAACAUCAGCCUGCCCACCUGAGCGUGUGAUCGAGUGAGUUCGCCGCCCGCUGCCUCCGCCCGCCGUUUUGUCUACGCCAGGCGGAAGACACCAACUUGCCCCCCUGGCUUAUGAGUACUUUUUUUUCAAUUCCCUUCAAUAACGCACUUCGGAUUCCAUUUAAAACAAUCAAAGGAGACAAUACAAAUGUUUCCUUUUUCUAUUUGACCGCUUCAUUGAUUGUGAUGAUACAAUACAAGAGAGUUUGUGGUUCAUUUGGCUUCGCGUGCAGUCCGUGUGCUUCAAAGUGCCAUCUAAAUUCAAGAGAAAUCAAUUUCGUUUGCCAGCGUACUCUCGACCCUUACCCUAAGCACAGCCUUGUGACAACACUGCCCAACCUUUCCUUAAGCCUAACAUUCACCCUACUAGAGUUGUCCAAAAAUCGCUUUUUAACCGUUAAGUGAUAACCCGAUAUUUUCCAACUCCAACACUAGGUAACUUUUCAACCUUUAUCAAAUAUUUUCAUAACAUUUGUGAUGAUAUGUCGACUGACAACUAGUUGAAUGACACCUCUUUUAUAUCUUGAGGGGGUCUGUAUCGCUUUCACCGGCACUAAUUAACUUUGAGGAGGGUGGCACGGACCCUACCUCACAAAAAAAAAAACUACAAAUCAGCUGACUGCUUUACAACAUACGUCACUUCCCCCUUGAUUUAUAAGAACGGAAGUCGAUAAGAAUGCUUUCGCGUGAAUUCUUCAAAGACGGCAGAGCAACAAAUAAGACAAAAAGUUUUGUCCGAGGAGGAAAAAAAGGCUACCAGGGAUACUCAAGAAUAAACAUUGGCCAGGCUUUCACUCGCUGGUGUAACGCCCCCCGCCCCAACCGAACGACUUACAGUGUAUCACAAAAGUGAGUACACCCCUCCCAUUUCUGCAGAUAUUUAAGUAUAUCUUUUCAUGGGACAACACUGACGAAAUGACACUUUGACUAAAUGAAAAGUAGUCUGUGUGCUGCUGAUAUAAUAGAGUUAAUUUAUUUUUCCCUCAAAAUAACUCAAAAUAUAGCCAUUAAUAUCUAAACCCCUGGCAAAAAAGUGAGUACAUCCCUAAAUGUCCAAAUUGACUACUGCUUGUCAUUGUCCCUCCAAAAUGUCAUGUGGCUCGUUGCAGGAGUGCUGUCAGCAUUGCUGCAGAGAUUAAAGAGGUGGGGGGUCAACCUGUUAGUGCUCAGACCAUACGCCGCACUCUACAUCAAAUAGGUGUGCAUGGCUGUCAUCUCAGGAGGAAGCCUCUUCUGAAGACGGUACACAAGAAAGCCCGCAAACAGUUUGCUGAACACAUGUCAACAAAGCACAUGGAUUACUGGAACCAUGUCCGAUUGUCUGAUGCGACGGGCGGGCUUUCUGAGCACUAACAAGCUGACCUCCCACCUCUUCAAUCUCUGCAGCAAUGCUGACAGCACUCCUGUAACGAGUCACAUGACAUUUUGGAGGGAAAAUGACUAGCAAUACUCAAUUUGGACAUUUAGGGAUGUACGUAGUUUCUAAGGGGUGUACUCACUUUUGUUGCCAGGGGUUUAGAUAUUAACGGCUAUAUUUUGAGUAUUCUGAGGGGAAAAUAAAUUAACUCACAUAUAUUAUAUAAGCUGCACACUGACUACUUUUCAUUGUGUCAAAGUGUCAUUUUGUCAGUGUUGUCCAAUGAAAAGAUAUACUUAAAUAUCUGCAGAAAUGCGAGGAGUGUACUCACUUUUGUGAUACACUGUAGCCAUACUAAGCUACACUGUUGCUAACCGUCAUAUGCUGUUGUUUAGCCACAACUGGAUUCAUUACCCUAUUACCAGUGCUGUCACAGAUCACUGGAAAAAAAAUCAUUUAAUUACUGAUUACGCCUUAAAAAGUAAUCCAGUUACUAUACUGAUUACUUUAUUAUCAAAGUAACUAAGUUAGUUUAAAAGUAAUGUAUCAGUUACAUUUUACCAAUGUUUCUCCCUUUGCUGCCUCAACAGAAAAUGUAACAUGUAAUUGACUUUCCGAUCAUUGAAUUUAAAGGGGAAAAUCAGAAUUUUUCACAUAAGGCUCAAUCUUCGAGUUAGCGAGGGUUUAAUUUGUCGAUGGAGUUGAUUUAAACCAUCAUUGAAUCGCUCUAGCUUAGCCACUCAGGAGCCCUGAAACUAACAAAUAACUGAUAAACUGCAUUGAAUUUGUUGAAAUCAAUUCCAUCGACUAAUUAAACCCCCGCUAACUUAAAGAUUAAGCCUAAUGUCAAAAAUUCUGAAUUUCAGGUUCGGUGCCAAUUGACUGCACAAUAAUCAAAAACACACAAAUGUGUAAUAAACACAAAGGUGGGGGCAGGCGUGAAUGCACGCGCACAACCCGGAAGUACACCAUACACACAUGCAGUCAAUUUGGCCACAAAACGUGGCGGCAACUAAGCACUUUAAACCCAAUCUGAUUUACAACCCAUCUCAUAUAUGCUAAACGAACACGUUACCUCACGGCAUAAAUGUGCAACACGACCAUAUGAUGUCAACAAUGCUGCCGACUUGGAGCAAUGAUGACCCGCUUUCCAAUUGCAAAGCUACAAAAAGGCCCGCAUGUAGCAGCUCCAACCUAUCACUGGAACCCUCCAGUAUCAAGGAAAAAUGUUCAUUCAUGGACGCACACAGAUCAAAAUUCCCUCGCACAUCUCAACAGGUGGCUACACUUGGCUCGAAUGUGCAUCCAUGUUCCUCACGCCUUUCUCAGGUCAUGUCCACACGUAGCAGGGUAUUUGGCAAAAAGAAGAUAUUUUUCUACGGUUUAACCGAUCAUCCACACGCCCACGCAGACUUAAACCAGGGUUCUUAAAAACGACGGGGAAGGUGAAGAUUUGCGAAUUCUGCGUUUAUGGCUCCAUCAUUUGGACACUGAUAACCGAAGAUUUACGUCAGUGGCUGCGACAAAUUUUGUCCUCACGUCACACAUGAGACCAAUUUUUACAUUUUGACCAUAUUAAAUAGGCGCUUUUUUGCUUCCAUUUUUUUUACAAACUCUUGCUGUGCUUCUUAUUGAAUAAUGGGCAUUUUGGGCAAUUAUUUUAUUGUUUUGAAUGUGCUUAAAAAUGAAAAGCGGUUGGCUGUGGAAGUUUUUUUUUUUUCUACACAAACGUGCAGGUGUGGACGCAAUUUUUCCCCCCCGACGUAUUAGGGCAGAAUCCUCGUUUUUUAAAAAAAAAAACCCUGCUACGUGUGGACAUGGCCCUAGUCUCAAAACAAACGUGUGACUCAAGACCAAAAAAGUAGGUAACUAUGAGCGGUUACCAUGGAAACGAACGCAUAGUGGGAACCUUUCUAACAUUUUCUUUUCAAAAUGCUCUUCGUACAUGACUACAAUAUUCUUCAUUCUACAUACAUUAUGAGGAAAUAACAAAAUAAUAAUUUACAGACACUAAGGAAACUAACUUAAAUCAGAUUACUAAUUUGAAAAAAAAUAUAUAACGCGUUAGAUUGCUUGUUACAGAAAGAAAGUAGUGACAACACUGCUUAUUACUAUUCAUCCUUUACACAGCCGCAGGAAACUGAAAUGUUGUUUAAUCCAUCUUUAGGCGACCUCAUGAUUUUACGACACUGUGCGGGUGGGCGCUGGUGCUAAUGGGAAACGUAGUCUUUUUUAAGGCAAAACACUACCGCUUUUGUCACCGGAUUGCUAAAAUCGACCUAAACUGAAAAGUUACCUAGUGUUGCUUUAACAUAUUAUGGUUAAUUGUGUUGUGACGCCCCACUGGAUGCUUUAAUAAUGAUAAAUGUAACAACUUCAAGGUUUUCCAAAUAAGGAUUCUGUGAAAAAUAAGGAGAAGCUGUGCUAAGCUGUGACCAGCCUUUGUACAAAUGCAGAUUGCUUCUACAUUCAUUUUGCAUUUUGGCCCAAAACCGAUGUCAAUAUUAUCCGAUAUCAUUUUUAAAUGCUUUUAUCCGCCGAUAUUAUCGGCUCAACUCUACCCUAAACCCUUAGUUUAAAUCCAAUCCCUAUUAUAUAAACUGUAUCCCUACCCCUAAAAUGCGUAUUGUUCAAAUGUUUCACUUUUCUACAAUCAGCCGUAAGUACUGAGUAUGUCAAAAAAAUAUAUACAUCUAAAAAAAAAAGUGCGGUUUGUAAAUAUUUUUAGUGUCGACAAUAGACUCGUCUUAUUCAUGACGUUUGCAUAACAAGUAUUGUAAUGUAAAGAAAACGAAGAAAGCAAAUGGAGCCCAAAUCUGUAGACCUCAUCCCAUAUUCAAUUCAAUAUGGGGACUACUGAAGUAGAAUUGGUGCCAAAAUGAAAGUUUUUUUUAUUGAUCCGCGGAUAUAAUAGUGCAAUAGAAUAGUGCCAUAACUUUUUAGUGACUUCAUCUGCAGCUUUACACACAUCGUACAAGGAUAUCAAGCUCCCCUUAUGCGUCGCGUGCGUCCACGAAAAGUGCCUCGUCUCUCAUUCCUUUUCAUUUAUUUACAAUGGACGUUGUGAAGAAGCCAUUUCAUACAUUGAAUGUACAGUCUUGUGCUUUACGCCGCAUGUCCCGUUGAAGUUGAUGUGUUUUUUGUUUUCCCAAAAUAUUAUUAAGGGGUGCAUCUCUCAUCUUUUGAACGUCCCUUUUUUCACGUUAAUUACAUUAAUGAAUAUUUUUCAUAGUUUGCAUUCAACAAUAAAUUUAAUAUUUAUAAAUAGUGUAUAUAAUUUUCAAUAUUUAAAUGUAACCAUCAUUUUGUGUAUAUUUGUGUUUUGAAGGAGAUUACAUUUUAAAGCCCUUUUUUUAAUUUUGCCACUUUCUUACUGUCGUAUUUUUACAUUUAUAAAAAUUGAGAUACCAGUAUCAAAUACAGUGGAACCUCUAAAAGUAGGCCACCAGUGGUUUUGAUGGCAAAACAUCUCAAUAACUAAUAAUAUCAGAUGAAGUCAUUGUUGCUGGGGCCAAAUUUAUGCCGUCAUGUUUAGUACCAAAAACAUAAACCACUGGAUAAAAAACACUAGAUUAAAUUAACUCUACAAUACAAAAAUGUCUGACAAGCAUGUGUUAGAGUUGUUGUUUUUUACUUCGUAAAGCUAUUACCGUAUUUUUCGGACUAUAAGUCGCACCGGAGAGUAAGUCGUAUAUUGGGGGGGGGGGGGUUUAUUUGAUAAAAUCCAACACCAGGAUCAGACACGUCAGCUUGAAAGGCAAUUUGAAAUAAAAAUGGUGUCCAAGAACACAUGUGCGAACUUGUUCCUCUAGCUGUGGCCACCUAGCUUUUAGCCCACGAUUAACUUUUUUUGUUUUCCUCAUUUCAUUAACUCCAAACUUUCUUUCUGCUGCUCGAUUACCAUUUUUGGCUGUAUAUUUCAUGAAUUGCAGCUUGUAAUCUGCAGAAUAUGAUUUUUUAUUUCAGCGCCAUUUUGUGCCCUUCUCAGUUGUUUCUCCAGCAGGGCCGAGAACAAAAAGUGGUAUUUGCCAUGUAGCAAAAUGGAUUUUGCCAAGAGGGAUUUUUUUUUUUGCUAGUUGGCAUUUUUUUGCCAUUUGGCCAAAUGGAUUUUGCCAUGUGGCAUUUUUUUUUUACAUGUGGCAACAUGUAUUUUGGUUUGUGGCAUUUUUUUUCCCGCACGGCCAAAAAAAUGCCACAUGGCAAAAUACAUUUUACCACAUGUUAAAAAAAAAUGUUAAAAAAAAGCGAUUUAUUUUGGUUUGAGGCAUUUUUUGCCAAAUGGCCAAAAAAAUGCCACAUGGCAAAAUCCAUUUUGACACAUGGCAAAAAAAAAUGCCACAUGGCAAAAGAAAAUGCCACGUGGCAAAAUCAAAAAAAAAAAAAAAAGCCAUAUGGCAAAAUUUAUUUCGCCACAUAGCAAAAGAAAUUCCACAUGGCAAAAUUCUAGGGCUGUCGAACGAUUAAAAUUUUUAAUUGAGUUAAUUACAGCUUAAAAAUUAAUUAAUCGUAAUUAAUCGCAAUUAAUCGCAAUUCAAACCAUCUAUAAAAUAUGCCAUAUUUUUAUGUAAAUUAUUGUUGGAAUGGAAAGAUAAGACACAUGACGGAUAUAUACAUACAACAUACUGUACAUCAGUACUGUAUUUGUUUUUUGUAACAAUAAAUCCACAAAUGGCAUUAUUAACAUCCUUUCUGUUAAAGUGAUCCACGGAUAGAAAGGCUUGUAGUUCUUAAACGAUAAAUGUUAUAGUUACAAGUUAUAGUAAUUUUAUAUUAAAACCCCUCUUCAUGUUUUCGUUUUAAUAAAAUUUGUAAAAUUUUCAAUCAAAAGUAGAGUUAAUAUAAUAAUAAUGAGAAUAAAAAUAACAAUAAUAAAAAUAGAGUGAAAAGUUUUACGUGUAUUUUGCACAGCUGAAUUGAUAUGGAAUGCCAGUUUAUUUAGCAUUGUUGUUUAACUGUGUGUCAGAAUAGGGCCUCAUUACUAUAGACUGAAGUGCUUUUCUUUUUGAGAACAUUUUUUUUUUUUUUUUUUUUUGAGCGAUAGGAAUAUUAUUUUUGUUGUGCUUUCACUAAAGGAUACUUAUGUUUGUUGUGAAGGAGAAGCUUAUGCCAAUAAACGGCGCGCCUGUGUCCACUCGCCUUUACUGUAUAACAUAUACAGUGGGGAGAACAAGUACUUGAUACACUGCCAAAACCCAUUGGCAGUGUAUCAAAUACUUGUACUUGAUACACUGCCAAAACCCAUUGGCAGUGUAUCAAAUACUUGUUCUCCCCACUGUAUCUGUACAUAUCUUACCCAAAAUAAAACAAGAGACACAUAAUUGCCACUAAAAGAAAGAAAACUUACCGAAAUAUGUGUGGAGCACAAAUAGCAAUUUGCAUUGCAUUGUGAAUACAGCAUAAACGUCUCACAACUACUAAUUCUCCCACGUUUAGAAGACAUGAGUAUGGAACGGCGCUGCCCCCAAGCGGCCGGUGGCAUUCUCUUCACUCUUAAUGUCCAUAAACGGCCUCAUUGUAAUGUUUGAGGCAAUAUGCCAGCGGGUGCGUUAAUUGCGUCAAAUAUUUUAACGUGAUUAAUUUAAAAAAUUAAUUAACGCCCGUUAACGCGAUAAUUUUGACAGCCCUACAAAAUUCAUUUGGCCACAUGGCAAAAAAAAAUGCCACAUGGCAAAAUCCAUUUUGCCACAUGUAAAAAAAAUGCAAUAUAUUUUGGUUUGAGGCAUUUUUUGGCCAAAAAAAUCCAACGUGGCAAAAUACAUUUUGAUACAUGGAAAAAAAAAAAUACCACAUGGCGAAAUCAAUUUUGCCACAUGUCAAAAUCCAUUUGGCCACGUGGCAAAAAAAAUUCCACAUGGCAAAAUCCAUUUUGCCACAUGGCAAAAAAAGCCACAUGGCAAAAUACAUGUUGCCACAUGUAAAAAAAAAACGCAAUGUAUUUUGGUUUGAGGCAUUUUUUUGCCAAAUGUCCCCAAAAAAUGCCACAUGGCAAAAUCCAUUUUGACAAGUGGCCAAAAAAAUGCCAAGUGGCAAAAAAAAAAAAAAAAUGCCACAUGGCAAAAUCAAUUUUGACACAUGGCAAAUACCACUUUUAGUUCUCGCUGUCUCUCUGUUUUUAGUUUUUCAGAUAACUAUAGCUUAAAAUUUAGCUGGUUCAAAUCCGGCUCGAAGGACCGUCCAAAUGUCAAGUUCAAAUACAAAUCCUUAGGAGGAAAUUUAUAAAGAUUACAGAAAAUAUUGAGAGAAGGCACUCAAUUUUAUCGAAUAGCUUGCAAAGAGAACGGAUGGCAGCUUAUAUAAUGCAAUACUAAGACUACACAAUACAAAUUCCACACUCAUUCUCCCAUGAGCCUUCCGUUCACUUAAUUUUUACAUGGUAUGGCCCUAGCAACCAUGGGGGUGUCUUACCAUAAAGGGAAUUAAAAGCGAGUGUGGAACCCAGUGAAUUUGCAUGGCUAUGUGUGUGCAUGUAGGUGGAAUUACUACGUUUGUCAAAACAUGACAAAAUAUUUCUUCAUAGCGAGCAAUAAGCAUCGCAUCUCUUCACUGCGAGCAGAAAUUAUAUAGUAUAAAGCAAAUGUAUAAUAAACAUCUUAAUAAUAAAUUACACUUGAGUAAAGUUGCAGGCUUAUAGGCUAGACUUAUAGUCCGGAAAAUACGGUACUCUAAUUUAUUUAUUACGAAGGAAUGCUAAAUAUUGUAGGAAUUAAUUUUAUCUUCAUCCACAAACGAUGAUGUGAAUGCACUGAUAAAUAACAAGACAUUUUUUGUCAUGUAUUUUUUAAAAAGAAAAUACAAAAAACUAUGAGUAUUAUGCCAUUUGAAUAUUUAUUAAUCCAAAGUAAAAAUACACAUCAGUUAAUAAAUUUUUCAAAUGUAAUACAAAAUAAUUGUACUUUUUGUUUUUCAUUACUUUUUAACAGACAGCAGACACAAAUUUAAAAAAUUACAUUGAAAUCGUUGUUAUUCAAUUCUUGAUUAAAAUGUGAAAUGUUUUAUCAUUGUUUCAAAUGUGAAAAAAUAUAACUUUAUUAAUAGAUAUUUAUUUAUGAAUAUAUUUUACAUCAUUUAACUAGCUCUAUAUGGAUCUAUUUAGUUGGUGCAAAAACGGGGGGAAAAAGCGUGUCAUUGUUACUACGACAUAAAGCGGAAUAUCGCAAAUUUAAAAUGGCGUCGUGCUCCAUUUGUAAUGUGAAAUGUAAAGUAGCCUGAUGACAUAGUGAGUGUAAAAGUCAUAUUUAUGAACGUGAAAACUGUGAAAACAAAGAUUUCAAUUAAAAAUGUACCUUCUAAAACAAAGCCAUUUAAAUUUUCAGACCCUGAAAAGAGGAAUAUGUGUCACAAUAGUUGCUAGCUAGCAAGGCUAACUUGUGACUGUCAUGUUUUUGAUGAUUUUCUUUCUGAUAAAAAUGAGCCAAAGAAGGCUGCCCACUUCUUUUAUGAGCUUUUAUAUUGAAAAUGUUUUUGUUUCAUGUGUAUUUAAAGCUAUGUAGCUGUAAAAAGAAAUUUUAAAAAAUGUAAAGGGUGCGAGGCAAUAGUGCGUCUCUACUUUUAGCAUUAGCGACUUGUCUUGUUUUUAGCUACCGGCCUAACGUACAAGGAUGCGCAACAAAACAAACUAACAAAAAAAAAUUGUGAUUUUGUUUUUGUGCCUUCUGUGAACAUUUGUCUUUUCUUUUCCAAAAACAAACUGUGAAGUGUUUCAGGCAUCACAGCACUUUUGUUAGCAUUUAGCUUCAUAUUCUGUGACAUUGAACUUACUGUUGGCUUUUGCAAAAGGCACACAGAUAUUUUUUCCGGUGUGUAUCAAAGAUAAGGGAGGAGAGAAAGGCCAAAGUUGGACAUUUUCAGGGAAUUUUCACCUGCUAGUUGAUAAGCUAUCGCUUGCUCAGAGGUCUCUGUACAAGGGUUACAGGUUGAAACCAGAUGGCAAUUGUGGACAUUUUUCUAAGGGAAGUUUCAAGUAUGUACUGUAAUGUGUUUAUUUUGCUUUGUUUUUGACUAACUGUGAACUUUUAUUUAUUGCCAAUGCAUUUUUGAAUGUACAGUUGUCGCUCAGCUGCUCUUCUAUGAUGCCUGCUAUGAAUCUACAUGGUGUUUAAUCAUAUAUACAGUAAAAAAGUAAAUGGUGUAUUUUAUUUUUUUUUAUUUUUUUUUUUACUUCUUGACAAAGACGUGCCGUUACGUUAUAAAGACAUUUUUUGUACGCUCUUAUAACCCAGCGCGUGCGUGUAUGCGCAUUUGUAAUGACGAGCAUAUUAAAAAAAGAAGUAAAUGUAUAUAUUGGGGAGAAAAAAAAGGUCGUUUGGUCAUCAAGGUUCCUGUGAAGUUGUGUCGUUUAAAAAAAAAAAAAAAAAAAAAAUCUGACAUUCACAAUCCAUGUUGUGUACAUUUGAAUGCUCAAUAAAAAUGUGCAAACUUGU